CUUCUAAUUGUUGGUCCUCUCCUGCCACCUUCUCACACUAAGCCCCAUCUUUGCCAUUUUCACACCUUCCACUUCCACUUCACUUUCACAUUUCCCAAUCCUCCCCUCUGUCUGCCUUGUCGCCUAAUGUCUAUUAAUAUACACCAUUGCCAGAGAAAAUUGAAGCAGAGCCAAAGAAGAUGCCGGURCCGGUGGAUGCCCAGAAUGAGAGCUCCGGCGGCUUCUCCACCAGAAUCUGCUUCAGGAAAGCUUCUUCUUCUUCCCCCCAAAGAAAGCCCGGAGGAUGGAAGACCAUGCCUUACAUCUUAGGAAAUGAAACAUUUGAGAGGCUGGCUUCAACGGGGUUACUGGCCAACUUCAUGGUGUAUCUCAGAAGAGUGUAUCACCUGAACCAAGUUGCUGCCACCAGUUUAAUCAACGUCUGGUCAAUGGCUAAUAAUUUUACUCCUCUGGUUGGAGCCUUCUUAUCCGAUGCCCAUCUGGGUCGCUUCUACACCAUUGCUAUUGGAUCCGUAGCAUCUAUUCUGGGAAUGGUGGGAAUGACGUUCACGGCGUGGAUACCACAGCUGCAUCCGCCGGAGUGCAGCAACCCACUGCAGGCUACGAGCCAAUGCAAAGGUGCAACGACCUCCCAAAUGGGGUUUCUGAUAAUGAGUCUUUCCCUCCUAUCCAUUGGCUCCGGCGGAAUCAGACCGUGCAGUGUCCCUUUCGGCGUGGACCAAUUCGACACGACGUCGGAGGAAGGAAGGAAAGGGCUGGGCAGCUUCUACAAUUGGUACUACGCCACUUUUUCCAUAAUUCUGGUGUUCACUGCCACUGUGGUGGUGUACAUUCAGGACUCUGUUAGCUGGGUGUUGGGGUAUGGCAUUCCCACACUGCUCAUGUUCUGUGCCAUAGUCCUCUUCUUUCUUGGCACUCGUGUUUAUGUGUAUAUGAAGCCUGAGGGAAGCGUUUUUACUGGUCUUGCUCGAGUUGUUGUUGCAACUUAUAAGAAACGGAAGCUUAAGUUGUCGUCUCCUGAUGCCACUGACGCCAAAACCCCAACUUUCYAUGACCCUCCCUUGGACUCUGGAACUGCUGUCAUCCCAAAACUCCCGCUCACUACCCAAUACAGGUUUUUAAACAAGGCGGCGAUUGUUCUUGAGAAUGAGCUAAAACCAGAUGGSACCCCAGUAAACAAGUGGAGUCUUUGCAGCAUACAGCAAGUGGAGGAGUUGAAAUGUUUGGUCAGAGUUAUACCAAUUUGGGCAUCAACCAUCCUUUGCCUCACAACAAUCAUACAGCAAGGAACAUUCUCAGUAUCUCAGGCCCUGCAGAUGGACCGGCAUCUGGGGCCAAGCUUCAAAGUCCCAGCAGCCUCAAUCGGAGUCACCUCCUAUCUCACAUUAGCAAUCUGGAUUCCRCUCUACGAYCGAGUCAUCGUCCCCCAGCUCCGCAAGAUCACAAACCACCCGAACGGUAUAACGCAGCUCCAAAGAAUCGGAAUCGGGUCCGUUUUCGCAGUGAUUGCAAUGGUGGUAGCUGGGAUCGUGGAGAAAGAGAGGAGGGAAAUGGCGCACCGGCAUCAGCAAAUGUCUGUCUUCUGGCUGGCCCCUCAGCACAUUCUGAUGGGGCUGUGCGAGGCGUUCAGCAUCAUUGGACAGAUGGAGUUCUUCAACAAUGAGUUUCCGGAGCAGUUGAGAACCAUGGCCAAUGCACUGCUCUCAAUUUCCUUCACCACGGCCACAUAUGUGAGCACUUUGGUAGUGAUAAUUGUGCACAAAACAACCGGCGGGCAUGGGAAGCCAGAUUGGCUGACCAAUGAUCUGAAUGCCGGCAGAGUUGAUUACUACUACUACAUUGUGGCAGCAAUUGCCUUUGUCAAUAUUUUCCUCUUCAUCUACUGCGCUCGACGGUAUCAGUAUAAAGGUGCUGGGGAGGUGCAGACUGUGAAAACAUGCGAUGAAGUGGAGCUCAGCUCUCACAAAAAACUUGAUGUCUGAGUUUGGCAAUCUGCCUAAUACUUAAGUUGCAAGUGUGUGUGUUUAGAUUUGUCUGAGCAGGAGUGYGGUAGUUUGGUUUGGAUUUCAAAGCAACUMACUUUCUUAAACACAUAAAUUAAAUUAGUUUGUAACCGUAAGAAAGUUAAAUUAUGAAAAGAGUUAAAUGUUAAAUUACUUUAAUAAAUUUCUAAAUCUAAGAGGUGGGUUGGAAUCACUCCACCCCCACUUGUUGUACUUACAAAAAAA